GCCGCUCCGGUGCGGAUGCUCGCUCAGGAUCCUAAGGCAGAUGUUCGCCCGGCAGCCCGGCACGCUGGCCCCCCGGCCCGGCUGUUCCUGCCCCCUCCCAGUCCAGCUGCGCGCCCUCCCCAGGCCCCUCCGGGCCCUCCCGCAGAUGCCGGGGCCGGAGCGGGGCGGAGUGGGGCGGCCCCGGGGAGGAGCGGCGGCGGCGGCGCGGCUCCGAGCGCUCCGCGCCGCGGCUCCCGGCGCAUCCCGCUCCGGUGCUGCGGAGGGCCAGUGCCAGCAGAGGGGACACUGAUGGCUGGGAGCAUGGCCAUGGACAACCUGACUGCCGUGAGCACCGGGAGGAACUCGUGCACCUACCAUGAGGAGUUCAAGCAGGUGCUGCUGCCCUUGGUGUACUCGGUGGUGUUCGUGGUGGGGCUGCCCUUGAACGCCGUGGUCAUCGGGCAGAUCUGGCUGGCGCGGAAGGCGCUGAGCCGCAGCACCAUCUACAUGCUCAACCUGGCCGUGGCCGACCUGCUCUACGUCUGCUCGCUGCCUCUCCUCAUCUACAACUACACCCAGAAGGACUACUGGCCUUUUGGGGACUUCACCUGCAAGUUCGUGCGCUUCCAGUUCUACACCAACCUGCACGGCAGCAUCUUCUUCCUCACCUGCAUCAGCGUGCAGCGCUACCUGGGCAUCUGCCACCCCCUGGCCUCGUGGCACAAGAAGAAGGGCAAGAAGCUGACGUGGCUGGUGUGCACAGCCGUGUGGUUCAUCGUCAUCGCCCAGUGCCUGCCCACCUUCGUCUUCGCCUCCACGGGCACGCAGAGGAACCGCACCGUCUGCUACGACCUGAGCGCGCCCGACCGCUCCGCCGCCUACUUCCCCUACGGCAUCACCCUCACCUUCACCGGCUUCCUGCUGCCCUUCGUGGCCAUCCUGGCCUGCUACUGCAGCAUGGCCCGCAUCCUGUGCCAGAAGGACGAGCUGAUCGGCCUGGCCGUGCACAAGAGGAAGGACAAGGCCGUGCGCAUGGUCAUCAUCGUGGUCAUCGUCUUCUCCAUCAGCUUCCUCCCCUUCCACCUCACCAAGACCAUCUACCUGAUUGUCCGUUCCUCGCCCGCGCUGCCCUGCCCGGCCCUGCAGGCCUUCGCCAUCGCCUACAAGUGCACGCGACCCUUCGCCAGCAUGAACAGCGUCCUCGACCCCAUCCUCUUCUACUUCACCCAGCGCAAGUUCCGUGAGAGCACCCGCUACCUCCUCGACAAGGUGAGCUCCAAGUGGCGGCACGACCGCUGCGUCACCUACGGCUCCUAGGCUGGGGCGAGGCCGCCGCGGUGCCGCCGAGGCGCGGGGCAAUUCCGGCGCCGAGCUCCAUGGAGCAGAGGGGACACGCCGGGGGAGAGGAGGAUGGCACCCACCAAGCUUUCAGCACUUUGGGCCUGUCUCCAGCCUGCAGUGGUGCGGGGUUAACCCCGUCACAGCUCCAGUGUCCUCCACCUGGCUCGGCCGCUCACCUGGAGCAGCUCAGCGCCUUGGUGGUUGAGCCACCGAUGCAAUAAAAAUCCACCGGGACCACGGAGAACAAGAUGGGACCGUGGAGGACACAUUCCUGGCUCAGGAUGAGCUGCUGGGAGAUGUUUCCUGCCCAUCCCCAGUUAAGAAUUCCCUGAUGGGACAACACGCGAAGGCUGGGGAGGGUUUGGUUCAGCCCUUACCGUGGGGCCAUGUGUUCCCCAAAAUCAGUGUCAUGGGUGGUUUUUGUGUAGCACUGGGACAUCCCUGUCCCCCAGUGCCCGGAAUGAGGCCACAGCAAGAGACACAGGCUCACUGGUAUUGUUGGUGCUGCAAAAUGGUGGAGGAGCACCCUUGGACAGACUGGGAACAGGGAAAGGGGACAUCAGGGCAGCUGGAACACGCCUGCUGGAUUUCCCACUGAAGCCAUGCCCACGGGCUGGGUUAGGCGCGAGGCAGCAGCAUUGUCACCUGCCUGGGAACCUUCAUCUGAGUCCAGCUCCCUGCACAGCCCAGCACCCCAAAUCUGGCCCAUCCUGGUGUCAGUGGUGCCCUGCUGUCAUCUCCUCACCAGGAUCCACCACAAUCAGAGCCAGCACAUGUGGACACAAUGCCUGGAGUUGGGAGAUGCACAUCCCAGGGAGCUGCUGCUCAGUGUCCUGGCCACGCCACCAGGCAUCCCACAGCUGGCUCAGCUUCUCCACGGGCUUGGGGAUUGAGCUUUGCUCCCACAGCCUCUGUUGGGAUGCUGCUCCCCCUCAGCGAGGAGGGGUUUGCCGGGUGGAUGCACCACUCACAGCUCUGCGAGUCUUCUCUAACACAUAGGAUGUGUGGAAUGAACUCCCUGCUCGUUCUCACAAGGGUGUGUACACCCACUGUACGAACAGACAUAGCAUCUAUCCGAGCACAGGGAGCUUUGUGGCCCAGCACAGGCUCUGCAGUGCAGAAAAUCUCUGCCUGAACACAAUAUAUGUAUCCAUACAGUGUAUAUAUAUACAUA